GCAUAGUACGCGUUCAGCGCAACUCUUUGACGACCAUAAAAACAAAAAACCAAAUUCUUUCUUUUUUCCUACAUUGCCCUUUUUGUUAUGAACCCUUCCCAGUCGCUUCCUUCACCAGCAGACUCUCCUUCGCCUUCCCUUCGACCUUUAGAGAGCCGCAAACGACAGCGGUCGCAAUCCAUGGAGUCCGAUACCUCAUCAUCAUCCCAGAAACGCACUCUAUCAGAUCCUGCCACCCAAGAAAGUUCAGGUCGCAGUCCUCGCGCUGACCAAAUGUCUACCCUAUCUCUUUCUGACCCAAAUCACGACAUCGACACCGACAUGGAAGAACCCAUAACAGAAAAUACCCCUGCAUUUGCUGUGACGCCACCUCCGGAAAAAGUCCUGACCAUUAACAAGAUUCGUCUCAGAAAGAUGCAGGAAGGGGAGACUUGGUACCUCGUCAGCAAGGGGUGGUGGGAGAAAUGGCGCAAGGCCUGUUUAGGGAUUGUAGACAAAGAAGGACCUCUCCAAGAGGAGGAUCUUGGCGCAGUGGAUAAUUCUUCUCUUAUUGAUGAAUUCGGUAACCUCAAGUCUCCAAUUGUUGAGACCUACGAUGCAGAAUUUAUCCCGCAGGAAGCAUGGAAUCAUUUUGUUGCUUGGUAUGGUGAACCGCAAUGUGUAUUGCCUCGAAAAGCCAUUACACGCUCUAAUGAAGUCUCAUUGGAACUUCAGCCGCCUCGCCUCAGAGUACUUCGUCUCGCACAGAGUGAAGUCCUUCCCGACCUCGAUGCCCCUUCCCAUCCAUACGUCACGCUCUCCACCCAAGACACGAUGAAAACACUCUGCGAGAGUUUGGCCAGCGUCGUUGCUCCUGAGUCUCCUGACCCGCUACCCGAGUAUCGUGUGUGGAAAGUUGAGCCAUCUGGUGAUGACUUUAAUCAUCCAGAAUAUCCAUUAUCCGAAUUCAACAUCAACCGCGGCACACGAGUAAAGCCCACGGACGAUACCUUGGCAGACGGGCUUAUUGAUACGGACGAUGCGUUUGUAGUGGAGUUCAAGCGAGAUAAUGGGUGGCUCUCAGAUACACCGCUGACACCCAAUACUGCAGCAGUAGCUUUUGAGCCAGAUCCAAAGCCCCUUUUCAACUCGAGCGAUAGUUUUUUCAAUCGAAUGGGCAAUAACUACAACAUGACAGUGACGACAACGAAGACGCGGGCUACGGUAGAUGAUUAUUAUGUAUCCUCCUCGCCAUCGAAACCAAACGGCAGGAUCCAUAGAACGGUAGAGCCGGGUACGUUAGGGUUGGGUAAUAUGGGAAAUACUUGCUUCAUGAACUCUGCAUUACAAUGUCUGGCACAUACUAAAGAACUUGCAGAAUACUUCUUAACCGGCGUUUUCAGAGACGAACUUAACCCUGAUAACCCCCUUGGUAUGCAUGGGGCCAUCGCUGAAGCUUUCGGUGCUCUUUUAGAACGCAUCUGGGAUGAGAACGGCAUAGCAUCAUCUUAUUCCCCUCGCGAAUUCAAAUCCCAGCUCCAGCGUUUCGCGUCUCAGUUCAGUGGCUACCAACAGCAUGAUUCUCAAGAGCUGGUUGCAUUCCUCCUCGACGGCCUGCACGAAGACCUGAAUCGGGUCUUAAAAAAACCAUACGUCGAAAACCCUGAUUGGGAAGGCGGAGGUGAUCUUGAGCUGGUUCAGCUAGCCAAAAAAUCCUGGGAGGGUUAUAAGAGGCGGAACGACAGCGUCAUCGUCGAUUUGUUUCAAGGUCAAUACCAAAGCACGCUCGUUUGUCCAGAAUGCAAGAAGGUUUCCAUUACAUUCGAUCCUUUCAUGUACUUGACACUACCGCUUCCCGUGAAGAAGAAGUGGAGACACACAAUCUUAUAUAUCCCCUGGGAUGUCCAGAAGCCUCACGUAAAGAUACCUGUAGAGUUAGGACCAGACGCGUCAUUAAAGGACUUACGAGCUCUGCUCGGUAGAUGGAUGGGUGUGAACCCUGAUUACCUUCUUACUCUCGAAACAUUCCAGCACAAAUUCUACAAAAACCUCAAUGAUUCAGUGCUCUGCGGCGAAGUACAGGACAACGAUGUGGUCGUUUGCUAUGAACUACCUUGUCAUGCUCAACAAAGCCGAACGUACAAAAAGCAGCCGGAUGACCCCAUCAUUGUUCCCAUGUUCCUCGCGGACGCUCAUGUCAUAUCUACGUCUUUCAAGCCCAGCUACAGUCGCGGAGAUGGAUAUUUCGGGCACCCUUCGAUCAUGGUCCUCAAAAGAGAGGAAGCUAAAAGCGUUGAUCUCAUGUAUAACGCGGCAAUCGAACGGUUACAGCGAUGGACUACGAAUACCCGGGAUCUGUAUGAUUGGCAGGGCGAAAAUUCCAAAGGCUCCGACACUGAUCCUAUCCAGAUUAGUGGCGUCCGAGUGACCGAUUCGCUUACCGAAAUUCGCGAAGGUGGUGAUGUCGUUACCGUCCAGGACAUCGUUGUUGAAGAGGGCGAUAUAGUUGACGCCAAGAGCGUGAACAUUGGGGAAGACGACGACUCGAUGAGCGAUAAUGGCUUGCAAUCCAAAUCCGACAUGGAACCUAUAAAAGUCGGUCCUAAGAAGGGUAUCUUCACGUUGCGCUUGAAAUCCGACUUCAAGGAUUACGUGUCUCCUCAGGUUGGCUACUAUCAGACGAAGACCUAUGAAUCCUGGGACAAGAGGGAGGAGGACAUUGACAAUGAACCCGUUCUGCUCCGCGAGAAUGAUGCUCUGUUUUGCGAGUUUGACGAAAACCUGAAGGCAUAUUAUUUUGGUGAAGAGCGGAGGCAGUUUGAACAUGCCCGAUGGGAUACUUGGGGGAUGUGCGUUCAUCCCGAGUACCGGGAAGCGCAAGAGGCGUCAGCUGGGAAAAAGCCGAAGGACAUUUCAUUGCAAGACUGUCUCGAUGAGUUUACCAAGGAGGAGCGUCUUGGCGAAGAUGACCUGUGGUAUUGUCCCAAGUGCAAGAAACACCAGCAGGCCUCGAAGAAGUUUGAUCUCUGGAAGGUACCGGAUGUGCUUGUCGUCCACCUCAAGCGCUUCAGCAACAGCCGGACCCUUCGUGAUAAGAUCGAUUCAUUCGUGGACUUCCCCGUGGAGGGUUUGGAUUUGACAGCGAUGGCUGGGGAACGGACUGUGGCUAAGAGGCUUGAAGAUAGUGGUAUUGCAACAGACACUCUAGAAUUCGGCAACCUGGACGAGCCUUUGGUAUAUGAUCUUUUCGGAGUCGACGAGCAUAUGGGUGGGCUUGGAGGAGGUCACUACCGUGCCUAUGCGAUGAACCAUCUCACUGAUCAAUGGCAUCAUUUUGAUGAUUCGUAUGUAACGUUGGCGCGUGCAACGGAUGCUGUGAAUGCCAACGCCUAUCUACUUUUCUAUCGACGUCGAACAUCUUCUCCGUUGGGUGGGCAAACCCACGCGAAGGUGGAAGCCGCUCGUUUAAGUCUCACUAUAGAAGAUGAGAGCCUUGAGGCGAACACUACAGUGGAUACGCAGUUGCCGACACCUCCCAAUGAAGAAGAUAGCUACUCUGGUACUGUGUAUCCGAAAACGCCUUCGUCAUCAGACGAUUUCACAUUAUCAACCAAUCAUUGGCGUCCAAUCUCGUCUGCCCCAUGCUCUUUACCCUCUCCUGCAGCUGAUGACCCGCCAGGUUUUGACGAAUCCCUCGACUCUAAUGACUUACUCGGCAAUUAUGACAGUCAUGCCCUCACGCGCUCACGACUCGACUACAACUUUCCUGAUCCCUCUAGCAGCACAUCCCCAACUUCGUCCGUGGAGGCCGAAGCAGACCUUGACACUGAUCCAGACCUGGAGGAUGAGGAUUGGCAGGGUUCAUCAUCUUUUCGUGGACGGGCGUCACCCACUUGGUCAGAAAUAGGCGUCGACAGGAUAGCCUCUCCUUCUGACUCAAGUCUUUCAAGUUAUGACUUGAAUUCGUUUGCUGACGUUCAUGCACGUCGACCAGACGAUGAGCUUCCUUUAGCUUCAGCUUCGUAAUAUGACCAUAGACUUCCGUGUAAUCUAUCGUCGUAAUCACGUAUUCGCUACAUUGCUUUCCGAUACUUAUUUGCUACACCCAUACUUUACAUAGCUGCACAAAAAUCCAAUAAUCUGUAAUAACAGAUAGUAAUGUAAUCCGACCAAAUUCCAAAUUUGGCAAUUGACUAACCACUCUUCCU